GGUACAUCUGGCGUUAUCCAUAUUUUAGGGUUUGCUUUAUAGAACAUUCGGAUAAAUUAUAAAGAAAUUAAAAAGGAGAAUCGAAAAGGGGAAAUGUCGGACACGUCUAAUUCCACUUGUGCUUCGCCUUCUGAAAAAAUGCCGGAUACCAGCAUUAUGCUAACCGCGGAGCUCAAAGUUCAUAUUGAGCGUUGUGAACGCCUCAUAAGACAAGAAGCUUUGUUAGAGCGUCUUCCUGAUAAGGGUGCUGGGGUUAAACAUCGCUAUAAUGCAUACCUAGCAGAGAUGGAAAUACGUGAAAAUCUGCAGAAAAAACAAGAAUUUCAAAGCGGUAAUAUAAAUGAGGAAAAAGAGUAUAAUAAAGCUCCGGUGGGAGUAUCUCUUGAAAAUGAUAAGGCUCACUCUCCUAAAGUGAGUAAUGAAAAGGACAUGAUGCGCAUGGAGACAAAUUACGCUACGCAUCUUCGUAUUAUUGAAGAAAAAUACAACGACGUUAGAAUUCCUGUCGAGAAAAUUGUGCGUAGGAUGUACGAAGGAUCCUUGAAAGAGGCAGAAAUUCAGCGGAUUUUGAAUGACAUGCCGCCGAAAUACUUUUUAACGCAUAGGGAGACGUGUGAGAGGGCAAGAGAGAUGGCAAAACGGACGCGAGAGAAAGAAUUACAAAGACUUAAGCAGCAGUCAUCAUUUUAAACAGUAAAAUAGUAAGUUUAACUAUACCUAUAUAUAUAUAGUAGGAUGAGAUACACAGAGGAUAUGUUUUACCCUUCUAGCUCAUAGGGAGAUUGUACUUCUCAGCUUUUCAGUAGGCAAAAAAAAGGAUAGAGAACGAUAAAUAAGCACCGCAUUUGGAUGAUUGUGCUAUAAUCGUUUCUCUAAUGAUGCUUCUAAGCUUUUUAAGCACAGAGUUUAAGAAAAUUGAAAAAGAGCGGGUCAUUUGCGUGAUUUCGCACUUGGCAUUUGCAAUUCAACACAUGCAAUAGGUUGCUGCUAGUGAGUCUAACAUAUUUUUUAACAGGCCCGAAAUCUCAUUCCAUGUAGUCAUCACCCUAUUUAACCAUAGUCUGAAGUGUAAAUUAUAAUAUCCAAUCUUUUUUUUCUAUUUGUCGUUGUUUCGAAAUUGAACGAUGUGGAGAAGGAAUAAGGAAGCGAUAA